AUGAAUGAAACCGGGUUGAUCGUUUCUGUCGUCAGGCCUGUCAAGCAUGUCAUUACUGAAAUGAUGAACUUCUCUGCUCUUUUUCUACCAGGAAAUCAUGAUAUUACUUUAGACGCAGACUUCUACGCCAAGCACGGCUCCAGCUUCCACUGGCAAAACACCCAGGACCCCAAUGAAUGUAUUCAAGUGGUCACACGGUCUUCUCCGUCUGUUGUGUUCUUACAGCAUCAGACGGCAAUUGUCCGAUUGACAAGAGCAACUGGUCCCAGAACAAUCUUCAAGAUCUUCGGAUCACCCUUUUCCCAAUUCAAGGGAAACUGGGCCUUUGGGUACGACUCCGCUGAUGCCCGUGCCCUUUGGAGCCAAAUUCCGCACGAUGCGGAUAUUGUCGUGACGCAUACACCGCCAUAUUCUCAUUGUGAUAGAAAUGCCGAUGGCCAUCCGGUAGGGUGUAAGGUACUGCGCAUGGCCCUGGGCAACGUCAAGCCACUGCUAGCUGUUUGUGGCCAUAUCCAUGAGUCGCGAGGCUACGAGAGAAUCCGGUGGGGUUCGUCAUCCCCUGGAAAUGGAAACCAGCAUCCACUAGAACUCCAAACCACUCCCGGAACUCUCCCUCCCAUGGGAAGUAAAAAGCAAAACCUCAUCGACCUGACAGGGAAAAAAGGUGAAGGACUGGACAACGACGGGUUUGCCAUCCGCAAUGUCCCAGGUGUUCUGUUCUCUUUAGAGUCGCCAUCUCAGAGCAUUCUGAUCCUUCCAUCUGCAAGCUCUCAAUCUUCUGCAUCCCCGGAUGACAAAGAUGAAGUACAGAGUCGACAGAAUGGCUGUAUAAAUAACCCCAUGCAGCAAGAAAUCCAGUCCCGCAGACGAGAAACUUGUCUCGUCAACGCAGCAAUCAUGGCAACCAGCUGGCCAUUUAAAGGUGGGAAGAGAUUCAAUGCACCAAUUGUUGUCGACCUAAACCUUCCGGUCUGGGGGGAAGUCAAUGGGGGGUGA